UAAAAAAUUAGACUUUUCUCUGGAUUCAAAUUUUAAUUAUAAGAAUAUUUUGUAGGCUUGAGGCUCUUAUUAAAAAAGCACCAGUGAUGAUAUUCAUGAAAGGAAAUCCUGAUGUUCCUCGUUGUGGUUUCAGUAAAACUCUUAUUGGAAUAAUGAAUGAAAUUGGUGUAAGUUACGAAACAUUUGACAUAUUACAAGAUGAAGAGGUACGUCAAGGAUUAAAAAUUUAUUCAAAUUGGCCAACUUAUCCUCAAGUGUAUGUCAAUGGUACUUUGAUUGGAGGAUUAGAUAUAAUUAAGGAAUUAAAUGAAAGUAAUGAGUUAAAACAAACUUUAUUAGGGAAUUAAAUCAAUUUUUAUCUUUAAUAAAUAAACUAUUUGUUAUUUCAUUAUAGAUGACAAUAUUAAUGUAAUCUAUUUACUAUAUGCAUAAAGAUACUGGUAAAUAGUAAAUAAAAUCUUCACUUAUCAAAGCUUUGUGGUGUAUUUUU